GACGCCGGUGGACGGGUUGCGCUCGUGAUGCCCAGCGGCGAAUAAUAGAGGGAGAGGGUGAGGUGGCAGCCUCCUCUCUCUCUCUCGCUGGUUUUAUCAUUUCUUUUCUCGUCUCCGCCUGUACGAAAUCGGGCAACCCCAUCGCUCCUAUAGGGUUCACCACCAACUCGCGAGGCCUGCUCUGAAACCCAUCGUCCUUUGUCUGUUGCUCGUGCUCCAUGGAAAGCUCUUUGCAAAGCAUGUGGUCCGUGUUCCCUCACUGGAUACGUACCGUUUACACCAUCCGCAUCCAAAACAGCAGCACUCCAAUCAAGCCCGCCCGAAGGAACAUCGUCACCGGAAAUUAAAGCCAUGUCACUCAUAGGAAAGAGCAAUGGUUCUGUGGCCCCGGAGACUUCGGUGACCGAAAAGGCGGCGGGAGUAGUCCCGUCACGUAAGGAACGGUCCACCAUGCCACGGCACGGCCCGGACAGCGUACACAGUUGGAUGACAGCCGUGGCUUGCAGUCUGUCCACUUUCUUCGGCGUCGCCGCCCGCCGGUCAGCUGGCUUCCUCUACGUGGCCAUCCUGCACACGUUUCAGGCCAGCCGAAGCGAGGCAGCGUGGGCAGUCAUCAUCAUGACCGGCAUCAUAUCGCUAGCAGGACUGAUCUCUGGUCCAAUGGCGCACAAAUAUACCGCCAGGCCCGUAGCCAUCACGGGAGGUGUGAUAGCGGCCUUGGGACUGAUGCUUUGUUUCUUCGCAACACGCAUUGAACACCUCAUCAUGAGCCUCGGAAUACUCCACGCGAUUGGGAGCGGCUUGGUGUUCGUGGUAAUUCCGACGGUGAUCAACGAGCACUUCGUCCGCUACAGGGGUCUGGCCAUGGGCAUCAACUUCGCUGGCUCCACCAUGGCGACGUUCGUCUUCCCCAAGAUGCUUGAAGUGCUCACCGACACGUACGGUUUCCGGGCGGCCAUGCUGCUGUUCGGUGCCAUCAGCCUCAACUCCGUCGCAUUCAGCCUGUUCCUGAGGCAGCCGGCGUGGUUAAAGAGGCGUCUGCAGGUUCAAGCGAAAGCAGCAGCCGCAGCAGCCGAGAUAGCCGCGGAUGCUGAACAAGCGCGGAAGGCUCCCAGUGGCUCGCCAGAAGUCGUCAACGGUGUCUCACCAAAGAAGAAUAUUCGCAACGCACCAGCACCGGGCUCGUUCCGGCACGCGCUGACGGUCUUCUCUUGCCCCAUGUUCUACCUGGUCGCCUACUCGUACAUCGCGUUCAUCUUCGCCUUCGAGUGUUACAUCUCGCUUCUGGUGGACUUCGCCACAGACAAGGGCGUCAGCUUUUCCCGGGCCAUCACCAUGCUCUCCAUGAGCUCGGUUGCAGACUUGGUGGGCCGUCUCACGCUGCCUCUGGCAGCAGAUAGGGGCUACAUAAGUCGGCAGACGCUGCUGACUGUCUCGUUCCUGUGCCUCGGGUCGCUGUUCGUGCUGCUUCCCAUGGCCUCAAGCUACGUCACCGUGUUUGCCUUCGCAACGGCGAUCGCCUUCUGCAUUGGCGUUGCAAUCUGCCUGUUCUCGGUGCUACUGGCGGAAUACGUGGGCCUCGACCGUGUCUCCAUGGCCUACGGCAUGGUGUCCGGAUUCUCCGGUGUCACGUCGCUCUUCAAGCCGCUGAUAAUCGGUUAUUUUAGGGAUGUCGUCGGGGCAUACGACAAGCUCUUCAUAAUCUGCGGAUCUGGAGUCGUCCUGGGUGGUCUUAUUUGGAUCGCUGUUCGCCUGGUAGACACGACCAAACGGUCCAGGCGAUGGAAUCUCGCCGAUCCCGAGAGGAACAUCACUGUACAAGCUCCAUCCGUUCUGCCAAAGUAUAUCUGCAAUGCAACAGAACUUCCCGCUACGUACUCACUGUGACAAGCUUCACUUCCCGACUGAAUGUAGUGCAGAGGCGUGACUUCAAUCCGGUGUACACGAAACUCUAUGUGUAUUUUGUGCCACCCGAGGAGCUUCGUGCCAAUGCUUCGCCCUCUUGAAAGCUAUGAUAACUCUGUACUGAACUAAAGUUGCCACAACCAUGCUCAUUAUACGCUAUUUUUUAAGCAAUAGCUGUCUUUGGUUUUUACCGUAUUUUGCUAUUUGUUAAUUUCUGGUCCUUUGCGGUCAACUUCAGACACUGCAUGUUACUAGGUGCUACUAGGCGCCGAAUGAAAGUAGCACUGUACGGGACUAUAUAACCCUUUUAUGUUGACUAAUUAUGGCGUACCUUAGUUCUGCGCGAGGAAAAAAAUAAUUCCUACAUAAAACCAGAACGUAAAAGGUCGGCUUACAGGCACCUCCAAGGCACAAGGAUUGGAUAACAGAAUGGUGAAUUAUAUUUAACUUACUAGCUGCUUUCACUGAUUUCUUAUUUAUUUAGCUACUCAGUAAGUGCUAUUUGGGUGUUAGUUCGUUCUUUAACAAUUUUCGUGACUGGGCAAGUCGUACUACAAUGCGACAGAAAUCUCAUAACAUUAAACAAACCAGACUGGUCUUAGUCUUCCAUAACAUAGGCACCACAAAUUAUCGCGAGUCGCACGCAGAUAUCGGAAGAAAAUUACAGGCAACAAAAAAGAAAGCAUGGCCGUUUAUUGGAGACCAUUGCAAAAAACAAUAACCAUGUACCUAUGUAAAUAUACGUACUUGUAUAGUAUAUGUGUGUAUGUAUGCGUUACUCAUAUCAUGUGCUAAGAUAUGUUUGAAGAGCUAUGGCUAACACAGAUAACAACACAACUUUGGUUCUACCAGAAUGUUCAAUUUUUGGCAUAUGUGUGUAUGCAGUCAGCAUGUAAUCGCGAAGCAAAUUUUCGAGUGUAUGCAGACGCAGGUGAAUAAAGUAUGUGUGGGAGUGCGGCAUGUGCUUCGGUGGUAGAGCUGUUGUUGGCUUAGUUCUCAGGAAACCACACCACCUCUUUGGACGUAAUGUGAUGUGGUCCAUGUUCUAUAAAACCAAAGAAUACUAUGCCUUAUUGUUCACGGUUGCUGUCAUGUACUUGGUUUAUCGCUAUCUACGUAUAGAGCAACAGUACUCUAUUAUUAUCAUGUUUUUUUUGUAAAUCUAUGUUGUUGAAAUACUGUUUUAUGUGGAUGAAAUGAGAAAUUUUGGCUAUUAUCUUGUCGCGGACUGGCACUGUUGUCUUUCUUGAGGGCGACUGGCCUAUGUGAACGUCCUUUGAAUUGCUCAGGCCCUCGGCGUGCGUGCGCGAGCUCACCGUGUCCUGCCUCCCCCCUCCUCCUCUCUCUGUCUCAUAUUUCUAUUCCCUCUUUCCCGUCCCCCAGAGUAGGGUAGCCAACCAGACGCAUUUCUGGUUAACAUCCCUGCCUUCGCUUUCUGUCCUCCUCCUCUACACAUAAUAAGUUGUUAAAUAUGUCGUAGUGAUAUGGAGCAGUAGCAGAUAUGGCGCAUUCCGGAAAUAAAGCAGCGCUUCGAAACGAACACUUAUAGCCAUCCGAUAAUAAAAAAUAGCAACAAAUUGCUACAUUCUGAAAUUUCUGUGAUUGCACAAAAAUCAAUAUAGCAUCGGCCGUAUAACUCCAAUAAUAAGUAGCUCAAAACGAAGAGUAGGAUAGAGCGGCGCAAAAGCGAAAACAAGCCCAAACGAGUCAUUUUGAACUUACCGCGCCCUAGCCUCUAACAGCGCCUUGCAAGUAGCGCGAUAUUGUCCCUACUUGUGUUCCUACACUACGCUUGAGCAGAAAGCUGGUGUAAUGGGUGACAGACAUUAGAGGGGAAAAUGUGGACUGAGCGACUCUGAGUCAGAGGUCCGCCAAACAGGGCCAGAAAUUUUCUAAUUUAUUUUUUCGAACAAGUAUGCCGCAGUCUCAGUAUUGUCCUCAAUCAACAGAAAAAUUUAUUCGAUUUUUUUUCUUUGCGAUAUACAUUUUGGCGAAGUUCUCCUUCGGUUCGUUUGAAUAGUCACUUUAGUAAUAUUAUUUGAGCAAUAUUCUAAGAAAGGAAAAACGCGCCAAAGCGGCCUUCGUGAGUCCUAAUAUAAUCUUGACGUAGCUCAUUGUUUGGGGCUACUUCAUACAUUUCUGUUUUCUUCUCUAGGACGGUAUAGGCGUACGAGAGGAAGUCGUCCAUUGCUGCUUUCGCCGAAAAUUACAUGCAAUG